AUGGAAACUGAGCAAUUCCGUCAAUUUGGAAAAACUGCAAUUGAUAUUAUAGCUGAUUAUUACAUAAAUAUCAGAGAAAGGGAUGUGCUACCAUCCGUUCUACCGGAAGACUUCAUACGUCUAAUGCCAGAAAAUGCUCCUGAAAGUCCUGAAAAAUGGCAAGAACUACUGGAAGAUUUCCAGAAAAAAGUUAUACCAGCUAUCACACAUUGGCAUUCCCCGCAGUUCCACUCAUAUUUUCCCGUUGGUGUAUCACUAGCCAGUAUUGUGGGAAGUUUGCUGUGCAGCGGAUUGGGCAUCAAAGGUUCCACAUGGAUUUCAAGUCCAGCCUGCACAGAGCUAGAGGUGGUUGUUGUAAGCUGGUUGGCUAAAAUGCUUGGCUUGCCUGAAUAUUUCCAGAACACAGCUGCCGGACCCGGAGGAGGUGUUAUUCAGGGUUCAGCUAGUGAAUCAACAUUGGUUUGUCUGUUAGCUGCAAAACACAGAAUGCUGCGAGAAAUGAAAGCCAGCAAUAAGGAAAUCGACGAAGACCGUAUCAAGACUAAAUUUGUCAUUUACACGUCCGAUCAAUCCAAUUCAUCUGUUGAAAAAUCUGGAGUUUUGGGAUCUAUGAUCACUAGACUGUUGAAGACCGACAAUAACGGUCAACUACGAGGGGAAACACUAAAAAAGGCAUUCGAAAACGAUAAGUCUAAGGGCCUUAUACCGUGCUACGUCGUCGCUAGCUACGGCACAACGGGCACUUGUGCCUUCGACCCCAUAGACGAAAUAGGACCGAUUUGCCGAGAGGAGGGCGUGUGGCUGCACAUAGACGCUGCAUAUGCUGGAACAGCGUUCGUUUGUCCGGAAUACAGACAUCUGAUGAAAGGCAUCGAAUACGUCGACUCUUUUGUGUUCAACCCGCACAAGUGGAUGCUAGUCAAUUACGACUGCUCCGUAUUGUACGUGAAGGAUUGCUUUGAUUUGAUCAAAACAUUCGACGUUAAAGGAGAUAUUGAUGUAAACGAUGAGAAAGAGACAGUUUUUCCCCAAUAUCGCUACUGGCAGAUCCCAUGUAGUAGACGUUUUAGAGCCCUAAAACUUUGGAUCGUCUUAAAAAUCUAUGGUGCUUCCGGUGUCAGAGAUUUGGUCAGAACGCAAGUCAAUUUGGCCAAUCAUUUCGCAUCGUUGGUACGAGGUGACAGCAGAUUAGUGAUCGAACCUGAACCGUCUAUGACGGUCGUCUGUUUCAGGCUACGAAAAGGUGAUUUCCUGACUGAAAAACUCCUGGAAUAUUUGGUGAAUCAGAAAAAAAUUUUCAUGGUGGCGGCCAUCUUCAGAAAUCAUUACGUCAUCCGCAUGGUGAUUUGUUCGCAAUUUACAACUAAAGACGACGUCGAUAGAAGUUGGAAUACUAUACAGGAUGGGGUGAAUUAUGUACUGAGUCACAGUCACAGAUUCAACCACAGAAAAAGUUUAUUGACUAACAGGCGACUAUCGCUAGACAUUGAAAGAGUUUAG